UCGCCAGGAGCUGGUCGCUCAGUGCGCUGUCCGUGGUGAGCGCUUCGACUUGAGGCCGUGAUUUACACCGGCCGGUGUUCGGAAUGCUGGAUUUUUAAUAAUAGAUAAAUAAAAGAUAAACGAAAAACAAUCGGAUCGUUAUAAUACGACGACGGAUGACACGUAUUGAGAAUUGUUGAGCGAGUUCGCAACUUGCAGAGAAACUACGACUCGGAUAGAAAGUUGGAGUCGAAUUUUUGUGAAAUUCUAUCUCAAUCUCGAUUCUGCUACGAUGGAUCAAUUUUUUUUUUUUUUUUUCAAAUUCAAUUGGUGAAAGUCGUACUCUGUUUUUAGUUUGCUUUUUUUUUAACCUCAUGCAAACAGUGCGUCGAAAAAUUGAAUUUUAAUAUCACGCGUAAUGUAUAACGAGCGGGGAUUUAAUAACGAAAUUAAAGAAUUAUCGUGCUGCAGUGAUUCGGUGUGAUUUUAUAAAGAUUUACGACUUGAAGAUUAUCAUAUACGCGGGGGAAAUAUAGACAGUGAUUAAUGGUGAAUAUGUAUCUACAUUACAUACGCUAAGGAUAUGAAAAAUAUUUCAACUCGUCCUGACGUUUAUACCACGUACAAUAACGAACUGUGUAUGUGUGUUCGAUGAAGUAUUUUCCUUCGUCGAACGGUGUUUGUUUGUUCAAAAUUGAAACUCGUACGUAACUUGGGUGUCUCGUUACACGUAUCGUCGGUGGAAUUAUUUACUCUCAAAUAUAUACAUUUAUACAGAGUGUCCGGUGUGUGGAAAAAGAAUUUCCGCACUGUGUAAAUAACUCGACUUGGGAUGCCGGACUGUUACAGUGUUUACAUUGGCCGAUUAAAGCGGUGCUAAUGUCAAUCAAUCUACGCUCGAUAACGCGGAAGAAACACAAAUCCCGGCAAUUAAUUAAAUUGCAGGAAUGCGCGGUGUAGAAUCAAUCAAGCGAAAUUCCCGUUUACGUUUAAUUGGCGGAGAAAACUUGUGCAGUUGGAAAUUUUAAAAGAAAAGGAAUCGAAGAAAAAACGUCAUAAAUCACCGUACGAAGUCUGUGUAUAAAAUAAAAAUUUCGGUUUGGUUUGAACUUUGUCGCUGUAGUGAAGCUGUAAAAAAAAAAAGUGAUACGUAAUAAACGAUCAUAAAGCUGAACAAUGCAGAGCUUGGAGGUGGAUGAUCCGACUUCGAGUGUUGUGGCACUGCGUCAUGUGAUCAAAGAAUAUACUACGCUGAUAGAAAAAUUGAGAGAAUCGACUUGAGAAGAAUGCGUGAGAUUAUCUCUGGCGAUCAGGACUAAAAUGUGCUUAUUCCUUCAUAAAUACGCAGCGAGUAUAUUCGUGUGUAACUAAAAAUCAAGCAUGACCGCGUUUCGAAUCGAGUUGAGUAAGUCGCAUAAAUUUAAAAGGUGAUGAUCAACGAGGAAAAUAUCGCAAUACGUAAACUUGGGCCUAAAUCGUACUACGAGAAAAUUUCACCGAAUCGAAGUUUGUUUCCAAUUAAUCAGCAAUUUGAAAAUUUUGCGAUUAGCGCGCAGAUGAACUUACCUAGUGUUAGCACCUGUGUUUCCGGCAAGAACAAUUCGUUUAUUUCCUAAUUGGAAAAGUAAUCGUCUCACUUAAAAUCAUACGGUUAAAAUUAAUUUUUCCGAUUAGCGAUAAAUAUCCGGUAUCGUGUGUCGCGGUAAUCAAUGAAAAUAAGAGUGAAAAAAGAAAUAAUAAAAUAAAAAACAUGCAUUGGACAAACAUUUGAAAAAUCAACGAACCAAUGCGGUACGCUGAACCAAAGUAUCAAAAUGUCGGAAGUAUACCCAGUGAAUAGUACGUCUUACUUUUCUUCAAAUGUAACGAACGGAUCUACGGAGAACGAUACUUUCACGACCAAACAACCGCUGGAAUGCGAUACUCCGGUAGGAGAGGGCGCCCUUUUAGAAUUCAUCACCAGUGGUAUUCUACUAAAUGUGGUGGGUCUGUUCGGAUUAUUCGGCAACAUCAUUUCGAUGAUCAUACUUUCCCGGCCCCAGAUGAAAUCCUCGAUCAACUACUUAUUGAUCGGCCUAGCGAGAUGCGACACCGUCCUCAUUUUAACUUCGGUUUUCCUGUUCGGACUGCCGGCCAUCUAUCCUCAAACCAAUGUUUUGUUCAAUUACAAGUUUUUCGUCUUCCCAAGGCUGGUGAAGUUCUUGUAUCCGUUGGCCACGAUCGCGCAAAUGGUCUCAGUUUACCUCACCUUGACCGUAACUAUGGAACGGUACGUGGCCGUCUGUCAUCCCCUGAGGGCACGCUCCAUGUGCACCUAUGGCAGGGCGCGGAUGGCUGUCCUCUGCAUCAUCGUCGUCUCUGUAAUAUACAACAUACCGAAAUUCUGGGAAAUGACGAUCACCGAAGAGAUUCACUGGAAGUACAAAGUGCCGGUAUAUUGCGCAAACGCAACAAAGAUGAGGGUUGACGAACUAUAUCGUACGAUCUACAUCAAUUGGAUGUACUUUAUUUUCUACUAUGCCAUUCCGUUUACAUUGCUCACAUGGUUUAACAUGGAAAUAUAUCGACAGGUGAGAAAGGCAAACAGAGAGCUGCAGAAUCUGUCGCAUCACCAGCGGAGAGAAAUUGGUUUGGCAACAAUGCUGUUGUGCGUUGUGAUAGUCUUCAUAGUUUGCAACAUAAUACCACUAGCGACGAACAUCUGCGAAACCUUUUACAACAAUAUACCGAUGUGGCUGGUUCAGAUUGGAAAUCUAAUGGUGACGAUCAACAGCAGUGUAAAUUUCAUAAUCUACGUGAUAUUCGGUCGGAAAUUCAAGAGGAUCUUUCUCAGGUUAUUCUGUAGCUCUCACAUAUUCGGCGCGGGUCGAGACAGUCCGGAAUUUCCUACCAACGACGAAUCCGUCGUGACCAACGUUACCAACAUCGAGUUGCGAAACUCGAUACGUCGCUGUCAGGUGCACAGGUCGAGCACGAGGAACAGCAGGAACAACAACGUGCACCUCUCCAACGGCAAUUCUCACUCCCGACAAUGCCCCAAACCCAAAGUGUGGUCGGCCACUCCGGCACCCUGCGUAUAUUAUCCGGCCCAAAGCCCGGCGAGGAGUCCGAGUCAAAUGUCACGAACCCUAAGUGGGCAAAACGGCUGGGACAAGAACAAUGUCAUGGAGACGGUGAUCCAGUAGUCGGGGAAAAUCCGAAUAUUACGACACCGAUGUCGAUUCCGACGCCCCCCCCAAGGACUCUGCACACGAUUCUUCUUCUCGGCGGUGUCAGCUUGACCCUCUUGGCAAUGCGCGCGCUGCAAAUAGCACCUGGUAAUAAAACGCGGGGAGAAAAAUAUGUCGAACCGAGUCGCGAUGGUACAAAGUAGAGAAUGCGGGAAUGUACGGAGUAAGAAGAGUAGCCGAAUUGCUUUGUGGAAGAGAGUAAUUUUUGUAAUAUUCGAGACAGGGUGAGGAUCGGUAUAAUAUCCGACUGUAACGAGAGCUUAGAGCAUUUGAACGAAACGGCAAGUAUUUAUUGGGAAAAUUCGCCAACCUUCGCAACGUUCAACGAUUUAUGUGAAAAUUUGUAGCUUGCAGUCUUUGCCCAUUGUCAAAUAAUUGUCUCUAAAAUUGUGUAUGCAGCAUUAUUCCAUUGUCGUGGGAUUCGGAGGAAUUCGCAGUCACUUUCUUCCUUCCUUUUUCCUCACCUGGUAGGUUGACCUUUAAUCUCCACGUGUCGAAAUCCCCGCCCUAUUUUCAGGACAGCAAGCUGUGUCGAAGUCGCAGAGAAGUCAAAUGCGAUAUUUGAAAUCGAUGCAUAUAUCGGAGUCUGGCAGACGACAAGGUGCGUGAAAAAAUAGAAUUUCUUUCUAUUUACUAUUUUGACGACAAGUAGAGGCGCCUGAUAUCCCCAGAAAAAUUUAUUUUUAUGUUCAGUAGUUCUCAACUCCGGACUAAGCGUUGAUUACUUCACUCAACUUUAACACGGGAAGCACAUUCAAAAAAUCUCGUCAAUGAAGCAGAAUUUUUUUCAAUGUUACGCAUGCGGCAUGAUAAAAAAAAGAAUCACACGCGAACGCAAUUAUCAGGGACCGCUAAUUCUCAUAUCUCAAAUAACACUGCCCGUGCACAUAUAUGACCGGAUUCUUCAUGUUUUCCUCUUCUUCUUAGUCAAUAUUCAUAAAAAUCUAACCGGCCUCAAGCACAUCUAUAGAAAAUACGCCCUCCGCAUAUGAUUGAAAAAGUUUUCAUUGGAUCUAAAUUCCAUAUCAAAGAAUUUUCAAACUGUACCAACUUCAGCGAGUCUGAAUAUAAAUAUUAAAAAAUCUUAUUUGUCCAGUUUCACCGUCGGACCAUUUAUAACGCUUUGUUCAAAUCCAACGAAUCGACAAUAUGACGGCUAGCCGCGAAGCUCGAGGAUAAAUUUGCAGUUUCGAAUAAAAGUCUUCGUCCGAACAAGGUUGUUAUGUUCAUUCUAUGUUCGAUCUAUGAAAAACAAAAAGUUCACACAAACCGCACUCCUCGCUGGGAAUUUAUAGUUACAAAUAUUUUAUAAGCGUAACGUAUCUACGCAUGUAGUAAGUCUUUACUUAUAUACAGCUUCGUAUAAAUUUUACGUGGAUAUCUGUAAAAUAUACUUGCCGUGCUAUUUAUUCACAGCGCUAACGUAAAGAGGUACUAAAUCACGCCAAAAUCGUUAUAAACUUGGUAACGAUCCACUAAAUAGACUGAUUUUAUGUUCUAUUAUAAAUUAUCUACAUACGUACUUCUAGCUCGGUUAUUACACCUUACUACUCGAUACUAUAUGAAAUGAAUGUUUUACGUAACGUGUCAUGCUGAUCAUCGUCAUCAUUCGACGCGACACUUGUGUCACCAUUACACGUCUCUGUAUAUUAAACAUGUAGUGGAUCGCACAGCGGUCAGUUUUUCUUCAACAAUCGUUAACCGGACGCACGCGAAGACAGAGAAAAUUUUACAGAAUCAUUCGGAAACCAGAGAAUUUUUUCUGUAGCUAAAACUGUGAGAGCAAGACCUUGAAAAAAGAACAGAACAAUAUUGUCACGAACCUACUACUCCGAGUUUACGAAACGUGAAGCCACCACGCUCGAUACAAAAACAAACAGUAUUAUUAUGAUUAUUAUCCAAGAAUAAAUAAAAGAUAAAUCGAAAAAGUAAUAAUGAUUCAGCUAAUUGUAAAUAAGCAUGAGAAGUAAAAGAUACGUACUGCAUUAAAAUAUAGAUGUGUAUGUCAUAUAUAUAAUUAGUAAUACGUGAUUAUAAUUACCUUAUUGAAAUUUGAUCCACAAGACAAUUGCACACUUUGUGAAACGAGACUCGGUUCAUUUGAUACUUCAUUGUGCACCGUAUGAGAUUCCGUAAAUAUGAUAGCAUUGAUCUCUAUUCGUUCCUACGAGUACGCAUCAAUUAAUAUUAUAAUUUUGUACAUACUAUGAUACAUAAAUGUAUAUUGUUUUUAUAAAUUAAGUUUAUAAAAAUUAUAAGAAUCCAAUCUUGAAAUAUAAUAUAUAUACAUAUAUAUAUAUAUAUAUUAUAUAUUGUGUAAAGCGUGCCGCUAAUGCUACCUCAAAAAUCAUGCAGUUAGAUACGGCACCUUGUAAAUAAUCAACUGAAAAACUCAAACCGCGUAUAUAAAUAUACAGGUAUAUAGAUAUGUGAUGUAUCAAAUUUGAAAAUCUGUUGGUGGGUGUCAAAAAGUGCAGCGUAAAACGAUAUAUUCUAACAAAGAAUUAAUAACCAAAAUCUCGUAACAUUACAUUCAAGACGCAAAGCGCAUGCCAUACUGUUGUUUAAUGAUUGUGAGAUGUGUGUCGCUGGAUGAUCGAAUCAAAAUUACGGUCACUUAGACGAGACAUAUAGAAAAAAAAAAAAAAACUCUUCACCUACCUCAGCGUAUGAAUGUUAAUUAAUUAUGUGGUCAAAGACAUGUCUAAUAAGAUGAAAGGUCGAUAGAUGCGUCGAUAUGUGUCCUGCUAAGGAGAUGGGGUACAACAAUUUGUCUUUUAUCUGUCAGUGUGAUACAAAUUCCUGUGUGAUCGCUAAUAAAGGAAAAUACUCUGCGGAGGUAGAAUAACCGCGGGGAAAAAAAAUCUCUUUCUUGUCAUUCGUUCGUCCAUCGUCGCUAAUUGCUUGAUAUGACGCUUAAUUACGCUUUCAUCAAAGGUUCAGAAUAUUCAAAAGGGUAUAAAAUUUUAAUAAUUCGAGAAAAAAUAAAACGUAAAUAUAUAUUUUACAAUAUAGAUAUGAAUUAUAUGAAUAUAUUGUACUGUAUCGGUAUACGUGUAUAUAUAUAUAACACAUAUACACAGAGGGAAAUAUGAAACGCUCUCAUAUCUGUAUAAAAGAAAUCUAAUAUCUUUUAGUCCUAAAAUUUCUAUUUCUACUAUCAGUACCUAUAUCUAAAUUAAUUAACAUAGUGAAAUUGGCAUUAAAUUUCGCGCAAAAGACUCAAGGUGUUAAAUCAAAAUGGUCUACAUUAGAUACUUGCUGUACUUGAAUUUACAUAAUCUUGUGUGAUCCCAACUUAAAUUGUGUAAUGGUAAGUGAAACUAUUGCCUAAAGUUAUAUUCGACGACCUUUUCGCGGAUUCGUGACACAGGUGCAAUGGCGCCUGUGCGUAGGCAACACUGUUUUAAUUCAUGUAUGGCUAGCCAAAUAUUGAUCACAAAAAGUAACUCGGAUUGCCUAAAAACAGGCGGAUUCAGACUACGUGAAUUCUUUAUAGGUAUAAAUUCAGUGCUCAUCGUCGAAAGACGACAAUUCAUAAACCCUGAACAAGAGCUUUGAGCCAUUAUGAACCUGCAAUCGUUAAUUCCAAUGGCCUCAGCUCGCAUUAAUGAUGAGUUAUUGCUUACACGUAAUAAGAACUGACAAUGGCGUAAGACUUUUUAAGUAACUUUAAUUCGUUAAGUGGAUGCCAUAGUCAGUCUUUACCAAAAGAGUAAAAUAUCACUGUUUUUUUACCAUUAUAGAAGCGUACACAACACGGAUGUAAAAAUGCCGCGGUCAGUGCAGUUCUACAUGCAAUUCGAAGCAAAGACAUCUAGAAACUUUGUCAUUUCCUGCGCGAAUAAUAAUUCAAUUACAGAAAUAUAUAUUUUUCGGAUCGUUGUUGCGCGAAAUAAAACUUCUUUUGAUUUUCUUAUUUAGUACUGCGUGUAGAGUUGCGCUGAUCGCCGCAUUUUCACAACGGUGAUGCGUAGACUUUGAUUAUAGUAAAAAACAGCGACAUUUGACUCUGUCAGUAAAGACCGACGAUAGCAUCCUCUUAAUAAAAUUUUAUUUCAGUUCGUACAGUUUUAAAUUUUGUAUUCGGGUAUAAGUAUCAAUGUAUAUAUAUAUAUAUGAAUGAAUAUAAGUAAUU